AUGAUUUCAAAUGAUCAUCACAUUUGGUUGUCCAUUCUUUGUGAACAUUUUGAUGAAUUAAAUCCAACUAUGGUCCAUGAGUAUUAUUCGAAUCAUGUCGUGAUGGGAAUGACAGAAAAUGAUCCACACUCAAACAUCAUGAAUGAAAAAACAAAGAAGAAGAAAAGGAACCAUUACUCUCCAUCGAUCAUGAACUUGUUUUUCAAAAUGAAAUACUUUUCAAAUCAUCCCGAUGAAUUACAUGGAAGGUUUCUUAAAGAACGAUCAAACAAAUCCUUAAAUCCAAAAUCAUCAUCACCCAUUCUCUUUGCAGUUGCCUCAUCGGGUGGAUUUACGUAUGCAGAAGGAUUUUGUAAUCAAUUAAUAUAUCAAUACUUUUCGGAGGAAUACGAUCCAUGCACACCCAUGUAUUUUCAUGGCGAAAGAGAGAUUGAAGGUGAAUGCAUUACAUUUGAAAUGGACUACACUCCGUUGCUUGAUCGAUAUGCACCAUUGAAUGUCGCCAAGUUGAGUGGAAUUAUUUUUGUACUUUUAUUGAACAGAGAUUUUGUAAAUCUGCAACUGUCUGCAACAAAGAAGAUGAGCACUUCCUCAGCCUUAGAAUGGAUGAAAGAAUUGGAUGAUCGAUUCAAAGGAUUUGAUGAAUUGGUUCAACAAGUUCGUUUGGAAAAAAACGAAAUUUUGUGUACAGUAUUUCAGUAA